AAACUUUCUUAAAUCAUUUGAUUCAUUUCUAAAAAAGGAGUUGGGAUUUAGGAUCCCAUUCAUUACUCCUCUUUACAACUAUUUUUCUCUACACUAACUAAUGGAGCACAUCCUUUUCUUCUGUUUUUUAAAUUUACAAAUUACAAUUUCAUUUGUUGACUUCAACUGAGAUUUGGGCACUGUUUGUGAUUCAAGUUUUCUCCUUCUUUUGCUCCAAAUUUGCAACGAAAUGCCAAAUCUUUGAGGCCAUGUUUCGGCUUUUCAACCAAGGAAACGGUGUAGUUGUAGAUAUAUGGCAAAGGAAUUACUGGACGAGGGGAACAGCUAACAGUAACAGGUAUGGAUCUCAGAGAAGAGAGCUGUAAUGUUGGCUCCUUGGCUACUGCUACAUCAACCAGAUUCUCCUCUGCAUCUUCUGUAUUUUACUCGGCAAAUCCUUCGCCAUUCUUUUCACCAACUUCACCAAAGUCUCAGUUUUCCGAGUCCAUUCGCACUGAUGUUCUACCUCUUGAAGAUGCCAAUAUUUCCAACAAUAAACAAAUUUCAGACCACGAACCAGACAUGAAUGUUCUAGAUAAGAAACUACCUGAAUAUGUUUCUUCCUCAACAGGAAUAUCCAAUUCCAAUGAAACAGCCUCUACUCAGAGCCAGAGCCAUGGCCGUUGGAUUGAAUUCUCGAGGCCUAGAGGAAGGCAUAAGAAAGUCAUUAGAUUCCCUCCAAAUGUGUCUUCUCUGUCCACCAGCAGAAUGAGAAAUUGUGAUGUUUAUAUAGGCUUAUAUGGAAGAAAACCUCCACUUUUGAGGUUUGUUAACUGGUUGCGUGCUGAGCUUGAAGUUCAAGGGGUCAGUUGCUUUGCUUGUGAUAGAGCUCGGUGCAGGAACUCAAGGAAGCACAGAAUUGUUGAGCGAGCAAUGGAUGUUUGCAGCUUUGGAGUGGUGAUCAUAACAAGGAAGUCAUUCAAGAACCCUUAUACUAUUGAGGAGUUACGAUUUUUCUCAGGUAAGAAGAAUCUUGUUCCUGUGUUCUUUGAUGUUGCUCCAACUGAUUGCCUGGUUAGGGAUAUAAUAGAGAGAAGGGGAGAACUUUGGGAAAAAUAUGGAGGCGAAUUGUGGAAUUUAUAUGGUGGGCUGGAGAAGGAAUGGAAGGAAGCGAUUUAUGGCCUUUAUCGCAUUGAUGAGUGGAAAUUGGAGGCACAUGACGGGAACUGGAGAGAAUGUAUAUUGAGGGCUGUCACACUGCUAGCAAUGAGAUUAGGAAGGAGGAGUGUGGUGGAGAGAUUAAGCAGAUGGAAGGAUAAGGUGGAAAAAGAGGAGUUCCCAUUACCCCGAAAUGAGAACUUCAUUGGUAGGAAAAAGGAGUUAUCAGAGCUAGAAUUUAUGCUUUUUGGAGAUGUUACUGGAGAUUCAGAAAGAGAUUACUUUGAAAUUAAGACUAAGACUAAGCCUAAGCCUAAGCGAAGGCACGUUACAAUUAGUUGGAGCCGGAGUAAUUCAAUGGAAACGCAGAGAGAGGGUGGUAAGAGAAAAGGUAAAUAUCCUGUCAUAUGGAAAGAAUCAGAGAAAGAGAUUGAGAUGCAAAGCACCUGUUUCCCUCAACAACACCAUGCUAUUCCUUACAUACCAAAACCAAAAAUUGGCAGAAAAUACACAAGAAGAAAACGUUCCAUUAAAAUAGUAUAUGGCAAGGGAAUAGCAGUUGUAUCAGGGGAAUCUGGAAUUGGCAAGACGGAGCUUCUUCUUGAGUUUGCAUACAGGUACCAUCAAAGAUACAAGAUGGUUCUGUGGUUAGGAGGGGAAAGUAGAUACAUUAGGCAAAACUAUCUAAAUCUCUGGCCUUUUUUAGAAGUUGAUGUAGGAAUUGAAACCUGUGCUGAGAAAGGUAGGAUACGAAGCUUUGAAGAGCAAGAAGAGGCGGCGAUGUUCAGGGUACGCCGAGAACUCAUGAGGAACUUGCCGUACUUGGUAAUAAUUGAUAAUUUGGAGAGCGAAAAAGAUUGGUGGGACCAUCGACUCAUAAUGGAUCUUCUCCCUAGGUUUGGUGGUGAAGCUCAUUUCUUGAUAUCCACACGCCUUCCUCGAGUGAUGAAUCUUGAGCCCAUGAAACUCUCCUACUUAUCUGGGGUUGAGGCUCUUUCUUUGAUGCAGGGAACUACGACAGACUAUCCCAUCCCUGAAAUCGAUGCUCUUCGGGUCAUUGAGGAGAAACUCGGAAGGAUAACCUUGGGCCUUUCUAUUGUUGGAGCCAUUCUCUCCGAGCUUCCUAUUAACCCCACUAGGCUUUUGGAUACUAUCAAUAGGAUGCCCUUGAGGGACUUCUCCUGGAAUGGUAAGGAAGGUUGUACACUGAGGAAAAACACCUUCCUUUUGCAGUUGUUUGAGGUUUGUUUCUCAAUAUUUGAUCACGCAGAUGGGCCCAGAAGUUUGGCAACAAGGAUGGUUAAGGCUAGUGGCUGGUUUGCACCAGCUCCAGUUCCUAUAUAUCUGCUAGCAGCAGCUGCCUAUAAAAUGCCUGAAAAACAUCAAGGAACCAGACUAUGGAAAAGAAUCCUGCGUUCUUUACCUUGUGGGUUUACCUCUUACACCAAGAGGUCUGAGGCGGAAGCUGCUUCCAUGUUGUUGAGGUUCAAUAUUGCAAGGAGCUGCACCAAACAGGGAUACAUUUAUUUGAACGAACUUGUCAAGCUUUACGCCCGUAGAAGAGGGGUAACUGGUGUGGCUCAUGCAAUGGUCCAAGCUGUUAUUAGUCGGGCAUCUGUAGUUCAGCAUCCUGAGCAUUUAUGGGGGGCAUGUUUUUUGAUAUUUGGGUUUGGAAAUGACCCAAUAGUUGUGGAAUUGAAGGUGUCUGACUUGCUUGUCCUAGUAAAAGAGGUGGUUUUACCUCUUGCUAUUAGGGCAUUUAUCACAUUUUCACGGUGUAGUGCUGCUCUCGAGCUCCUGCGUUUGUGCACAAAUGCUCUUGAGACGGCUGAUCAGGCAUUUGUUACUCCCGUUGAUAAAUGGCUUGACAAAUCCCUUUGUUGGAAACCCGUUCACACAAACGCGCAGUUGAAUCCCUCCUUGUGGCAGGAAAUGGCAUUAGCGAGAGCCACUGUAUUAGAAACAAGGGCUAAGCUUAUGGUUAGAGGAGGGCAAUUUGACAUUGCUGAUGAUCUUAUUAGGAAGGCCAUUUUUAUUAGGACUUCCAUUUCUGGUGAAAAUCAUCCUGAUACUCUUUCAGCUAAGGAAACCAUGGCCAAAAUUACCAGGCUUUUAGCAAAUCUUGAACCACAUACCUCACCAUAGUUUUUCAUUCUUUUUCUGUAACCUGAAUUUUACAUUAGGAGUAUACAUAGUGUUUUGAAUAAUGUCUUUUUUUUUUUAACAUUUCAAGGAAUUUAUCUAGUCGACUUCUAAAUUACGCGUAAACUGUCCAUUUCCAUUAUGCUGUUUGUUGCUAUUAUUUCCAUUAUGGGUGCACCUCAAGCACAGGCAUGUAGCAACAGAGAUCAGUUUUCUCAUGACAAUCAGAAGU